AUGCACGGAGGCGGAGACGAUAAAACCGGUGACCCAACCGCUGGCGCCAGCCAUUUCAAGGAUGGAAUUAUCGAUUUAUUGGCCGGAACAGCCGGAGGAAUUGCGAAUGUCUAUGCUGGACAACCCCUGGAUACAGUUAAAGUCAAAGUACAAACGUUUCCAAAUCUCUAUUCGAACUGGGUGGUGUGCCUGAAGGAUACCUAUAAGUUGGACGGAGUUCGAGGACUUUAUGCUGGAACCCUUCCUGCUCUCGCUGCGAAUGUCGCUGAAAACGCUGUCCUCUUCACUGCUUAUGGCUAUUGUCAGAAGACGAUUGCCACGUUGAACGGACUAGAAGACGUUAAGCAAAUGACGCCACUGGAGAACGCCUUCUCCGGAUCCCUAGCUGCUGUUUUCGCGGCUACAGUACUCUGCCCAACGGAAUUGGUGAAGUGUAAACUGCAAGCGGCUCGCGAGAUGAAACAAAAGUGCACCCCGUUUUCUGUUUGUCGGGAUAUCAUGAAGACGACCGGUGUACGUGGAUUCUUCGUUGGUAUGACACCGACACUGGCUCGUGAGGUUCCUGGAUAUUUUUUCUUCUUCGGUGCCUACGAGACAUGUCGGUACUUGUUGACUGCUGAGGGGCAGAAGAAGGAUGAGAUUGGAUUGGUGAAGACGGCGAUGGCGGGGUCUGUAGGUGGAAUGGCACUCUGGACGUCGAUUUAUCCGGCGGAUGUUGUCAAAUCGAGAAUGCAGGUCACCGGUGGAGGAUCCUUCAUGAGCACGCUAAUGGCUGUUGUCAAAGAGAAUGGUGUUCGCGGACUCUACAAAGGCCUUCUCCCAACGAAUCUCCGUACAUGCUUCGCCUCCGGAUGCCUGUUUGUCGCCUACGAGGAAACCCGAAAAUUCUUCCACUACCUCUUCUAG